CAGUUUUGGAUGAGAGACAUAAAGAGAGAGCGAGAGGGCGAGCGAGCGAGUGAGAGUGGAAGGGAGGGGGUCACAGUUACCCUGCAGGGUGCAGCUGCACAGCAUCAACAAGACUCUCCCCAAAACUGUCACACGUGUACUCCUCUACCAUCUCACUCGAAAACCGAGAAUAUUCCUCCAACUCUGCACCACGCCGAUUUGUGAAAGACUUGUUUUCUUCACACUGAAAGGGAGGCCAUUCUGUCCGCCGCCAUUUUUAGGGAACUGCCUAUCGAAGACAGAAACUUUACCAGCUAAUAGCCAGUGCUAACUGCUAGCUCACUGUGACAGUUAACGCUAGACAGCCAUUAGCCCUGGUAGCUCGCCGCGCGUUAAGUUCUUCCUGCUGUCGAGACCAUUUCUGCUACAAACCAGGCCAAAUACAAAUGAGUUAAACGUUAAGUCGGCGUUGUUGUUAUCGGUUAGAAGGUAGUUAGUGUUAUAUUAGCUUCUCAGCCCUCGAUUCACACUUUAAUACCUCCGGACUGCAUUGCCUCGUCUGUGAUUUGGCGUCAGUCGCUUUUGCUCUGUCGUGUUUGACCUGACUGGAUUAUUCUGAAAUUAACAGCCCACCGGGUGGAUUCAUUUUAAACAAGGCUUUCCAUGUGCUGACUUUUAAGACCCAUUCAUCACUGCAGAUGAAUCUUCAGCUGCCUUGGUGUAGCUCAACACCCAGAUAGUCCCAUCCCCUUUCAUUGGGUGAUAGGGGACUACAAAUACCAGGAUGCCCUCCUCUGUAAGAGCAGGGAGCCUGAAGGAUCCGGAGGUGGCCGAGCUUUUCUUUAAGGAAGAUCCAGAAAAGCUCUUCUCUGACCUCCGAGAGAUCGGCCAUGGCAGCUUUGGUGCUGUCUACUUUGCACGAGACAUACGCACAAAUGAAGUUGUGGCAAUUAAAAAGAUGUCCUACAGUGGUAAACAGUCGAAUGAGAAAUGGCAGGACAUCAUAAAGGAGGUGAAGUUCCUACAGAGAAUCCGUCACCCCAACAGUAUAGAAUACAAAGGCUGUUACCUCCGAGAGCACACAGCAUGGCUGGUAAUGGAGUACUGUCUUGGUUCGGCUUCAGAUCUGUUAGAAGUUCACAAAAAACCUCUACAAGAAGUCGAAAUAGCUGCCAUUACUCAUGGUGCUCUGCAGGGGCUGGCCUACCUUCAUUCCCACAACAUGAUCCACAGGGAUGUGAAGGCAGGAAACGUUCUGCUGACUGAGCCAGGGCAGGUCAAAUUGGCAGACUUUGGCUCCGCCUCCAUCGCCUCACCUGCAAACUCCUUUGUAGGAACUCCUUAUUGGAUGGCUCCUGAGGUCAUUCUUGCAAUGGAUGAGGGCCAGUAUGAUGGCAAGGUGGACGUCUGGUCUCUGGGUAUUACCUGUAUAGAAUUAGCGGAGAGGAAACCUCCUUUGUUUAACAUGAAUGCAAUGAGUGCCUUAUACCACAUAGCGCAGAAUGAAAGCCCCACGCUGCAGUCCAGUGAAUGGACGGAUUAUUUUAGAAACUUUGUGGAUUCUUGCCUUCAGAAAAUUCCCCAGGACAGGCCUCACUCAGACGACAUGCUGGGUCAUGCAUUUCUGCAGCGUGAACGCCCAGACUCUGUGCUAAUGGAUCUCAUCCAGAGAACCAAGGAUGCAGUACGUGAGCUGGAUAACCUGCAGUAUCGCAAGAUGAAGAAGAUCCUACUCCAGGAGGCUCACAAUGGACCUACAGUAGAAGCCCAGGAUGGAGAUGAGGAGUUGGAGCCAGGCGGAGGUCGAACAGGAACAGUGAACAGCGUUGGCAGUAACCAGUCCAUCCCCAGCAUGUCCAUUAGUGCCAGCUCUCAGAGCAGCUCUGUCAACAGUCUGAAUGAAGCAGCUCAAGAUAGUCGCAGUGAGAUGGACCUUAUGGAGGGAGACCAAACUGUCAUGUCCAACAACUCUGUCAUACACCUCAAACCGGAGGAAGAGGAGAGUUUGUCUGGGGAGCAGGCAGCCAGCAGUCAACCCUCUGAGCCCCAGGCCACACCAGCUCAAGCCCCAAGGAAGCACUACCGCAACAGAGAGCAUUUUGCCACCAUACGCACAGCGUCACUUGUGACCCGAGAGAUGCAAGAGCAUGAGCAGGAUUCCGAGCUAAGGGAGCAAAUGUCAGGAUACAAACGCAUGAGGAGGCAGCAUCAAAAGCACCUGAUGGCCCUGGAGAAUAAAUUGAAAGGGGAGAUGGAUGAGCACCGGCUGAGAUUGGACAAAGAGCUGGAGAGUCAGAGGAGCAACUUUACCCAGGAGAUGGAGAAGCUGCUGAAAAAACACCAGGCAGCCCUGGAGAAAGAUCUGAAGACAUUCACCAAUGAUGAGAAGAAGUUCCAGCAGCACAUUCAGGUGCAGCAGAAGAAGGAGUUGAGCAGCUUCCUUGAGUCUCAGAAGCGAGAGUAUAAACUACGCAAGGAGCAGCUCAAAGAAGAACUUAGUGAGAAUCAGUCAACACCCAAAAAGGAGAAACAGGAGUGGCUGUCCAAGCAGAAAGAGAACAUCCAACACUUCCAGGCGGAGGAGGAGGCCAACUUGUUAAGGAGACAGAGGCAGUAUCUGGAGCUGGAAUGUCGGCGAUUCAAGCGAAGGAUUCUUAUUGCCAGGCACAAUGUGGAGCAGGAUCUGGCCAGAGAGGAGCUCAAUAAACGUCAGACUCAGAAGGACCUGGAACAUGCCAUGUUGCUCAGGCACCAUGAGUCAAUGCAGGAACUGGAGUUCCGGCACUUGGGCACCAUUCAGAAGGCACGGGCUGAGCUCAUCCGCACACAGCACCAGACGGAGCUCACCAAUCAGCUGGAAUAUAACAAGAGGAGGGAGAGGGAGCUGAGGCGCAAGCACGUAAUGGAGGUCAGACAACAGCCCAAAAGCCUCAAGGCCAAGGAGCUUCAGAUUAAGAAGCAGUUCCAGGAAACGUGCAAGACUCAGACCAGGCAGUACAAAGCCCUCAGGAACCAUCUACUGGAGUCCACGCCCAAGUCUGACCACAAAGCUGUGCUGAAGAGACUAAAGGAGGAGCAGACCAGAAAACUGGCCAUCUUGGCUGAGCAGUAUGACCACUCCAUCAAUGAAAUGCUGUCCACACAAGCUCUGCGGUUAGAUGAAGCCCAGGAGGACGAGUGUCGGGUUCUGAGGAUGCAACUGCAGCAGGAGCUGGAGCUGCUCAAUGCAUAUCAGAGCAAGAUCAAGAUGCAAACAGAUGCUCAGCACGACAAAGAGAGGAGGGAGCUGGAGCAGAGGGUUUCUCUGCGGAGGGCGCUGCUGGAGCAGAAAAUUGAAGAAGAAAUGCUCGCCCUGCAGAAUGAACGCCUGGAGCGGAUCCGCUCACUGCUUGAGCGGCAGGCCCGGGAGAUCGAGGCCUUUGACUCUGAGUCUAUGCGGCUCGGCUUCAGCAAUAUGGUGCUCACCAACCUUGCACCAGAUUCCCAGGGAGGCUGGGGAGGUGGAAGUGGCGGAGGAGGAGGAGGCAGCGGCCACGGGGCCCAGGGGGGAGGCCAGUGGCCUGGAGGAGGAGGUGGCGGACACCAUAGUCAUCACCACCAGGGGAGCUCCAGCUCACAGCAGCCAUGGGGUCAUCCAAUGCUGGCUGGGGGUCCGCCACCCUGGAGCCUCCAUCAUCCAGGAGGAGGGAGCCAGAGAGGAGGCGGAGUUGGAGGGGUGAGAAACAGCCCACAGGUUAUGAGGAGGACGCCGUCGGGGGGCAGGAACGAACAGGGCAUGAGCAGGAGCACUAGCAUCACCUCUCAGAUCUCCAAUGGAUCUCACCUGUCGUACACCUAAACACAUACACAAACAGCAACUAAACAGAAACACAGUUGUUAUCAUCACACUUUAACUGCGCUCAGAUAACACUGUACACAGACGCACAUACACACAGCCAUGCAUGGACACGACAUGCUUCACAUUCACUUUACUGCAGUGCGUAGACUGUGUUUAUAUAAGUCCAGUUUCCCCCUAAUCACAACUGCUCACAACACUGAACUGCUGACUGCACUCUGUGGAAACCCAACAGUCCUUCAACAAACCCAAGAUAAUUAGUAAAAAAUGGUGCAAUAACUAAGUUUUACCACAGUUUACUACAGUGCUACUUUUUCGGUGUUUACAGUUUCAUUUUCAGCUGCAAUGAAUUUUAAAUGAUACUUUUAAGUUUUCAAUUUUUUUAUUUCCUGGUAUUGUUAAUAAGUCGGGGGGGGGUGUUUUCUUUUUACAGUUUGCUUUUAAAUUGCACACAACAGUAAAGGAUAUCUGAUACAGUCGGGGAAAAAAAUUUAAGUCAUUCUUGUGAUGUGAAUCAAGGAAUCAAAUUCAUAGGAAGUUUAAGUGAGAUUUCUGUUUUGUGUAAGUAAGGCAGUAGUGUCUAAGUAUAGUUUUAAUGCAUGCUUGAAAGGACCAAUGGGCCUCAUUUACUUACUGUGCAGUACAGUAAGUAGUUCCUUUACAAAGGAAAUAUUAAUUGAUCAAUUGAUAAUUCAGUUAUCAUAUUUUUUUCUUCAUUGGGGGUUGCGUGACCUUCAUCUUUAGUCGAUACCUCGUCACUUUAUUUCAAUAAUAAAAUAUAUCCACAGGCACAAUCUGUAAAACUCUGUUAGGUACAAACUAGUACUACAUUACAUCCUGCUGUGAUUUAAGGUGCACACCUUUCUUGUGUGCUGGACAAAGAAUGAUUUGCAGUAAAUGAGGACUAAGGUUUUUAGGUGGAAAUCAAGCAUCUAUCAGACAAGAAUUCUAACCAGAAAAAAUUCUUAGUGCAGUUUUUUAUUUUUUUAUUUAAUUCAUUAGUGCCAUGAAGGUUGUACGAUGGUUGUACAGUAGGGAGGUGUAGUCAAUAAUUUUUAAUGAUAAUGUGAGCGAUUCAGUUGUGAGUUUACCUUUAAAUCUGUUCUGUGCUGGACUGGUUGUGAACGUUUUGGACUGGUUGGUUACAAUUCUUGGGUUUCCACAGACCUGCUCCUCACACACACAAACCUGCGCAGUGUACGGUCCCACUAGGUCAGGGGUCUGCAACAUUUAUCAAAACAAAGAUUUUACCAGCAAAUAAAAUUGAGAGAGAGCUGCAAAAACAACUUAACCAUCUAUGCUAUGGCAGAAGUAUAGUGUUUUUAGUACUGUAGUAAUACUACAGAUUUAAACACGAGGGAAAAAAAACAAACCAUUUAUUACUGUUUAAGCACUUUUAUCACAAUGAAAACAAAAAAGGUUCCAAAUUUCUAAACACAGGCAAUUAUCAAAUCCAGAACAAAAGUAAGGCACACUCUAUAACCGCUUACACUGAUCAGAAGUCGACAUUGCUUUAUCGGCUUAAAAAUGGCACAUCUGAUUUAGGUUAAGAACAUGGUGUCAUGAUGUUGAUUUUCUAUUAGCAAACAAUCUGAAAAUAUAGUGUGCUGUGUAAAAUCAGUUUAACCUUUAUUUAAAAACAAAACAAACAAAAAAAAAAGUUGCAAACCCCUUUUCAGAGAAAAUAAUUUUUUAAGUCUACGACCUGACCUCCAGGACUAGUUUUUCAGCAGCAGCAUACCUUUACUUGAAUAGUUUGGUAACUGUGUGUUCUCCUCAAUUGUUUGUAGUAUGUUUCUGCUCCAAUGUGGCACUGUUAAAAAAAGAA